AUGACGAUUUUUCAAUGGAUUUUUGGAUAUUUUUUCGGCUUUUGUAGCAAUAAACGGAUCAAGGCGGGAACGGAUAAAAAGAAGAAGAAAGAACACCAACCACCAGUAGUUCAGAACCAACCAUCAGAAGACGUCAAAAUGGAGCCGAAUACGAUGCUAGCACAUAUCACCGCCGCUCGCGGGCUCUACAUGAAGAACAAGACGAGCCUGGAGGCAUUUGCUACAGUAACCCUUCAAGGAAAAGGAUCGCUGAGAAGUCGAUGCGCAACGGAAGCCAUGCACACGGAGGGUGACUGUCGGUGGGAUGAAGUUUGUGAAUUCAAACUCUCCGACAAAUUCAACGCCGUCGUCGUCUCGGUGCACUCGAAAUCGAAACUGGGCUCCGGCGAGCUCAUCGGACGGUGUGAACUGGAGCUGGAGAAUGCAAAGCUGCUCCACGGACAAACGAAUUGGCUGCGGUUGAAAAAGAAGAAUUCAGAUGAGAAGUAUCGGGGAGAAGUGCAAAUUCGACUCGAAUUCAACUAUGAGAAACCGUCGAUGAGCAUCAGUUCGUUGUCGUUAAAUCAGUUGGGACAGGAGGCUGGUGGCAAAGAAGAAAAGUCCGGCGGCGGUGGCCUGAUGUCAAAAAUGAAGCGAAAAAUCACGCAGGCCAAGAAUGGGCACAAAAAAGCCGAGGACACAAUGUCAAUGGCAUCGGCAUGGAGUGCGACAUCGAAGAUCUCGACGAAAUCGAAUAAAUCCAAAAUAUUUGGAAAAAUUGGAUCGAAAUUGGGACUCGGAGGGAAGGACAAGGAGAAAACACUGCCACCGGGCACGUUCCUGACACCAAUGGAUAAUCAUUUGGAUCAGACGACAAACGGGGGACUGUACGAGACGGCGAACAGCUCGAAUGGACAUGGAGGUGGAGGAUCGACGAGCCGGAAUUCCAGGUGCGGAAUUGGGGGAAAUGGGCUUCAACGUAUUCGACAACAUGAACAACUCGUCCCGCCCGCCAUCCUCGUUCUCCGGCGCCAUGAACAACUCGUCGAUGAAUCCGUUCGCGGAUUCAAUGUCUCCAGAAGCACCCGCCGCCGCAGCUCCAGUGCCUGCUCCAAUGCCACGUCGACAGACAACACACCGACGAGCCGAUUUGGAAUUGGCACUGGAAUCGGGGUCAUCUCGGGAGCGGCCACCCUGCCACACGCUAUGACGUCGCCGGUGAUGUCCCACCACCAGGAGAUGUUCCGAAGAUCGGGAUCGAUCCGCUCGACGGCGUCGUCUGGAUUCGGCGGAUCCCAGAAGAACCAUCAGAAGAUUAUCGAUCCAACGAACUCGGACGACCUGCUGGCAGUGAUUGAUAGUCUCAAAUUGGAGCUACAAGUCAAGGAUUCGAGAAUGAAGGACAUGCAGGGCUAUAUGGAUCAGUUGAUUUCCCGUGUGAUGGAACGUAAUCCGGAGCUACUCGCCGCCCAGAAUACCACCCAGAAGCAGUCCAGAAUGCGUUUCUUCUAA